AUGUCAAUAAAGGCCAUACAUCUCGAGGUAGUGAGCGAGCUAACGUCAGAUGGCUUUCUCGCGGCUCGACGCGGUCUACCGGAACACAUUUAUUCGGAUAACGGCACUAACUUCGUGGGAGCGAAUAACCAGUUAAAAGAAUUAUAUGUUUUACUCAAUUCCGAAGAGCACAAGAAUACAGUGAACAGGUUCGCGAGCGAGCAUCGCAUCACGUGGCACUUCAUACCUCCCGCCGCCCCACAUUUUGGCGGGUUGUGGGAGGCUUCCGUAAAAAAUUUCAAACACCAUUUUAAACGCGUGUUGGGAGAACCUCUGUUUACGUUUGAGGAGUUGAAUACUUUUGUGGUAGAAGUAGAGGGUGUCCUCAAUUCCCGGCCUAUCACCACUAUAUCCUCCGAUCCGAACGACUUGCUUGUGUUAACUCCCGCUCACUAUUUGAUCGGCAAACCACUAACGACCCUUCCGGAGGGCAACCUAUCAUCUGUUCCAGUUAAUCGGUUGUCAACCUGGCAACAUAUCUCGAAGGUCCGACAAAAUUUUUGGGCACGCUGGAGUCUCGAGUAUCUAAACGAGCUCCAAGUACGUGCCAAGUGGAAUAAGAAUGGACCGAAAUUCGAGAUCGGAACGGUAGUCUUGAUAAAGGACAAAGGCCUACCCUGCACACGGUGGGUGUUAGGCAGAAUAUCGAAGCUGCAUCCAGGUGAGGAUGGAAUCACCCGAGCGGCCACCAUACACACCACGAGCGGAGAAAUGAAGCAAGCCAUCAAUCACCUGUGUCCGCUACCAUUCGAGCAACCACCACGCGAUUCCGACCCAUUGUAA